AUGAUGAGUUCCAGAACCACUUCCCUCCUCAUUUUUGCUUUCUUCUUCCUCAUAUCCUCCUCAGUUACCACAGCCUUCCACAUUACCAGAAUCCUACGAAAAUACCCUGAGUUCAGCGCAUACAGUCACUACCUCAUUAAGACCAAUCUCCAAAGCCAAAUCGACCGACAACCGAACAUCACAAUCCUCGCAGUUGACAACCAGGCCAUUUCCUCUAUAUCUAAAAAACCAAUGAAAGUGAUCAAAAAUAUAUUGAGCUUGCAUGUGUUGCAUGACUACUAUGACGUUGAAAAGCUGGUGAGGAUAUUGACAUCCAAGCCUGCUAUCUUUACCACAUUGUAUCAGACCAAUAAUAAUGAAUCUGUCAGCCUAAAAGGGUUCUUGGAGGCAAGCAUGGUGAAUGAGGGAGAGAUUGCCUUUGGCUCCGCCGCACUGGAUUCCGGUCUAACUGUUAAACUCGUUAAGCCGGUUUUGUCUCAUCUCGAUAUUAUUUCAGUGCUUCAAAUCACUGCUCCUAUUAUAGCCCCAGGCAUUGGUGCAAGCUCGCCUGUUAAGGUUCCAGCCUCAGAUAAUUAAGGUAAAAUGCAUGAGGAAACAGGGAAAGCUUUAUGUAUGUGAUGGGCAAUAAAUAAAUUAAUGGAAAAUUUAUUUAUGAUCUCUGGUCACAUUGAAGUCUGAUUCCUGUAAACCUUGUAUGAAAUUGGUCUUACCAGCCAAUUAAUUAGACAGUUGUAAUUUUGCGUCCUUUUUUACUGUUUUACAUAACAAUAAGCAAUGGCUCCUAUGACAGAAACUGUAGGCACGGAGCAAAUGGUUAUUGAUUAA